AUGGAACUGUCAGAUCUAUUAGCAAGUACAAUAAACUGGUCCGUUGGGCCACGGCUUGUGUUGAGAAUGACAUUAGGAGCAGAAAUUACUAGCCAGCUCAAGGCUUCUUCAUACAUAGCGUCAGGCCGAAACCUUUUGAGAUGGGACCUGUCACCAGAGCAAAUUAGAACAAGAACAGAAGAACUAAUCAGGAAGACAAAGCAUGUAUAUGACAGUGUCGGGAUGGUUGAUAUUGGAGAAGUAACACAUGAAAAUACUAUACGGGCCUUAGCAGAUAUAGAAGUGGAAUACGCAGUGGAAAGAAGCAUGUUGGAUUUUCCCCAGCAUGUCUCACCUGACAAAGAAGUAUGCUUAGCAAGUACAGAAGCCGACAAAAAGCUUUCUAAUUUUGAUGUGGAGAUGAGCAUGAGAGAAGAUGUGUUUCAGAAGAUUGUUUAUUUGCAGCAAACCUGCGAUCUUGAAAAUGUAAAGCCUGAAACAAAGCGAUAUCUAGAGAAAUCAGUUCAAGUGGGAAAAAGAAAUGGACUCCAUCUUCCUAAAGAAGUGCAGAAUGAAAUGAAGACAAUGAAGAAAAAAUUGAGUGAGCUGUGUAUAGACUUUAACAAAAACCUGAAUGAGGAAAACACAUUUCUUGUGUUUUCUAAGGAAGAACUUGAAGGCCUUCCUGAUGACUUUAUUAAGAGUUUAGAGAAGACUGAGGAAGACAAAUAUAAAAUUACUUUAAAGUAUCCCCACUAUUUUCCUGUCAUGAAGAAGUGCUGCAUUUCAGAAACCAGGAGAAAAAUGGAAUCUGCCUUUAACUCGAGAUGCAAAGAGGAGAACACAAAAAUUCUUCAGCAAUUGCUUCCACUAAGGGCAAAAGUGGCAGAGCUUCUGGGUUAUAAUACACAUGCCAACUUUGUCCUGGAGGUAAACACUGCAAAGAGCACAGAUAAUGUAACAGCCUUCUUAGAUGAUUUGAGUAAGAAGCUAAAGCCAUUGGUCGAGGAAGAAAGAGAAUUCAUUCUAGAUUUGAAGAAAAAGGAGUGUAAAGAAAGAAACUUUGAUUAUGAUGGAAGAAUCAAUGCGUGGGAUCUUCAUUAUUAUAUGAACAAAACAGAAGAGCUGAAGUACUCCAUAGAUCAAGAAAAGCUGAAGGAAUACUUCCCAAUUGAGGCAUUUACGGAAGGCUUACUGAAUAUUUACCAGAAGCUGCUGGGACUUGUAUUUGAGCAAGUAGAAAGUGCUCAUGUUUGGCACGACAGUGUUACUCUUUAUACAGUAAAGGAUAAUUCAACAGGAGAAAUGUUAGGGCAGUUCUAUUUGGACCUUUACCCCAGAGAGGGAAAAUAUGGGCAUGCAGCAUGCUUUGGUCUCCAGCCCGGCUGUCUUCUCUCUGAUGGCAGCAGAAUGAUGUCUGUAGCUGCUCUGGUAACCAACUUCACAAAACCAGCGUCAGAUCGUCCAUCAUUGCUGCGACAUGAUGAAGUGAAGACUUACUUCCAUGAAUUUGGUCAUGUAAUGCAUCAGAUAUGUGCACAGACUGAUUUUGCUAGGUUUAGUGGAACUAAUGUGGAAACAGACUUUGUAGAGGUACCUUCACAAAUGUUUGAGAACUGGGUGUGGGAAAAAGAACCACUACAGCAAAUGUCAAGACAUUAUAAAGAUGAGAGCCAUGUUGGAGACACUCUCCUUGAGAAACUUGCUGCCUCUAGACUGGCUAAUACAGGUAUCUCUCUGCCCUCUCUCCCCACAGCUGGGAUGAAAUACAGAAACCUCAUUUUGAAACCCGGAGGAUCUUUGGAUGGGAUGGAUAUGCUACAAAAUUUCUUGGAUCGUAAACCAAGCCAGAGAGCUUUCCUGUUGAGUAAGGGAUUAUGUGUUCAGUAA